CCGGCAAACGGCUCCUGCCCCCAUCACUCUGAAUACUAUCAUCACGACCACCUCCGACGCUAAUAACAACAGCAGCAACAAAUCUACCAUCAACACCCUGUUAACGCAUAACACCAUCAGCUGGUAAGAAGAACAUACGAUAAAGUCAUUUGCUACCUCCCAGAUAAGUUUCAACACAUAAGUAUAAAACUUAUUUUCAUUGAAACCAGUCACGUUUUGCGGUUAUUUCGAGGUUUGAAAGCGACGAAGGAUGAAAGACUAGGAAAGUAAGAAGACGCAUCGAAACAAGGAAUGAACUAAAAAGUGAAAGAAAGAAAGAAAAAAUAUAUACAAUAUAUUUAUAUACAAAUCAUUCAUUUUUAAAGUGAUAAAAUAAUAAAAACUGAGAUUUGAAAUCAAAUAAAAAGAAAUAACAAACAAAACAAAACGAAAAGAAAAGAAUUGGAAAAAACACACACAAAAAAAUUUUAAUCAAAUAAGUGUUUGAAAUGUUUCGAACUUGCAGUAUUUUCGUUCAACUCGCAACGCGACCCUUACUUUGUCCUGUCAAAAAUAAUCUGAAGCUUUCUUCUGUGACUAAACUGUUGAGAAGAUACACAAUGACUCAACCACGUUCAUAUCCAGCCACCACGGACAAGACUGUCCUCAACCACUACUUGGAACUUCCUCAAGAUAAAAAUAAUGUCAUGUGUGAAUAUAUUUGGAUUGACGGUACUGGCGAAGGUCUGCGAAGCAAGUGCCGUACAUUGGAAGCAGUCCCGACCCAGCCAAGUGGUAUGUUAACAAUUUGUUUUUUUUCUAGGUCAUUCGAAGUUAUUCUGCCUUUUUUAACAGUGUCUUAUAGUACUACAUUAUCCUAUGCCUUCUUCGGAGACAGUUGGCAACUUUGCUUUUCAUUCUUCCAGGAUCAAUCAAGUAAAUACCAGUUGAGCACUGGGUGUCAAUGUAAUCGACUAGCCUCCACCUCUCCCAAAAUCUUAGGCCUUGUGCUUAUAGUUGAUUGGAUUGCUAUUAUUGUUAUUGUUAUUAUUUUUAUUUCAGAAACCAAUAAAAGAUGUACAUGUGUGAGUGUAAUGGAGGCAGUGAAAGAGCAGCACCCAUGGUUUGGAAUGGAACAAGAAUACACAUUGCUGGAUUUUGAUGGUUAUCCUUUUGGAUGGCCUAAAAAUGGUUUUCCAGGCCCACAAGGUCCUUACUACUGUGGUGUUGGUGCUAACAAAGUGUUUGGUCGUGACAUUGUGGAAGCCCAUUACAAGGCCUGUCUUUAUGCUGGAAUAAAGAUUUGUGGCUGUAAUGCUGAAGUUAUGCCUGCUCAGUGGGAAUUUCAAGUUGGACCAUGUGAAGGUAUUGAAAUGGGAGAUCACUUGUGGAUGGCCCGGUAUAUUCUUCAUCGUGUUGCUGAAGAUUUGGGUGUUGUCAUUAGUUUUGAUCCAAAACCAAUGACCGGAGACUGGAAUGGCGCAGGAGCACAUACCAACUUCAGUACCUUAAACAUGAGGAAAGACAAUGGUUUGAAGUAUAUUGAGGCAGCUAUUGAAAAGUUAGCUGAAAAUCAUGAAGAACACAUUAAAGCAUAUGAUCCAAACAAAGGCCAGGACAAUGUGAGACGACUUACCGGACGCCAUGAAACCUCUUCUAUUCAUGAGUUUUCAGCUGGUGUUGCCAACCGUGGGGCAAGCAUUCGCAUACCAAGGUCUGUGGCAGAUGAAAAGAAGGGUUACCUUGAAGAUAGACGCCCCUCAUCCAAUUGUGACCCAUAUUCAGUUACGGAAAUCAUUAUCAAGACCGUGUUAUUAUAAGCCAAUUCUCUCUCUCUCUCUCUCUUCUCUCUUUCUCUCCUUGAAAAAAGAUUUACAAAUGAUAGACAUUCAUUUUCUUUUUUAAUCCCUUUUUUUUUUUUUACCUCCAUGGGAGGUUUCAAUUUCUCUAUAUGUAUACAUAUUGUAUAUGUAUAUCAAUAUAUACACUUGUGAGUGUUAAAAUAAAUAUAUAUAUAUAUACAUAUAUAUAUAUAUAUAUAUACUUACACACAACAUACAAACGCAUAAAAAACAGAUCUGAGUAACUAUUUUAAAAAAUAUAACUGAUGCAUAUUUUGGGUUGGUUUUUGUCUUUUAUUCACUUCUCUUUUAUUGGUGGAAGUUGAUUUUUUUUUUUCUCUCUCUAUAAACAUGACUACAAAAUUUAUUUCUUUUUAAUAGAAUAAAUACUCAUUCUUCGGUGAGAUCAUCAUUUCAUUUAUUUCUAUAUUUUAUUGUUUUUUUGGGGUCCUUUUAGAAAUGAAUUCCACUCAUUUCAUCCAAUGUUUCUUUUAAUUUGGACACUGAACAAAAAUAAAGAUACAUAUAUAUAUA